AUGACAAGCCCUCGGGUGUAUGGGGCUAAUUGUGUAAAGUUUGAAUUCUGUCCAUUGCUUCCGUUAAAAGAUCUAUCCGGAUUUAUUAUUGAUGUCAGUCUACCAGUGCUCGAUCCACAAAAAGUAACAUGUCAUCGAAAAGUACAGCUGACGCCCGAUGACCCGCAAAUUGUUGUCCAUUUCCGUGACUUGGCAGAGGGCUCUGCUUUUUGUGUAGAGAACAAGUGCAAUCUCGCUUCAAAUGAUUGCAAAAUAAUCGUCGACAUUUCGAUGAUUUGUCAACGUGCUGAUUUAAAGCUCUGCAAACCAUCAGUUAUCCCAUACUUGUUCAAUGGUCGAUCAACGGUGAUGAGCAAUUGGACGGUCAAAGAAAUAGCGGAUGAUUUUGUGGUGACUUCACAACGGCUGACUUUUGACAAAAUGAUGUACCUGUACUCAAUUAAAACAAUCUCGUUCAUCUAUCAAACCGCCGUCUCAUUUUUAGCUGCCGACGCGGGAUUUGAAAACGCCGAGUUUCACUUGUGGCCAAGCGACGCCGGGUUGAACAGGCCCUUGCUCGCCCAUCUUGGUGUCACCGAGAAUGAGCGAUGGGUGACCGUGAAAAUACAACUGAACAUAAAGCAAUUGCAGAAGUUUCGUUCGGAUCGAUCAACAAAAGCUUGCAAGUACCGUUGGAUCGCCGGGCCACCAGCCGGCAUCGCAUUGCAUCCAGAAAGGGAAUUGGCUGUGUUUAACGAUGACCAGCCAUUUUUCGAGCAACCCCUUUAUGGUGAUCAGUACAGUUUCCACAUUCCGGCCGGUUGUGCUCCAAGUUUAGCCAUUGAUAUAAAAGGCGAUUGCCUCGAGUACACAAGUAAUUUACGAGCGCAGAAAAUUUGCGACGGACAAAUGUCGUUGGCGUCGAAUGGUUACGGCUCACCGGCUUUCAUCAAUUCCUACGCAGCACUUACUCAAAAGUACAAUGACAUCAAUUAUAUGAUCACUUGCGCCUCAUGGCCUAUCGAUAUCAACAUUGAGGUAAAGUCGGUCAACGACGGAACGCUGACAUAUCAAUUUUUGAGUCUCAACGAUGAUCAAGACAUAAUUACACCAAAAUCGGUG